AGCGUGGUGCAGGCAAAUUAAUUUGUGUAAACAUGUGACAGGGUUGCAAAAAUCUUUAUAAAAUAUUAGUUUUUAUUUCCGGUUUCGCUCAUAUCCUUGCAAUUUAAGCACUUCUCCUUUCAGCACAGCCGCAGAGCAUUACGCACAUCUCUGUCGACACAGAGACCACAGUGUCUACAGUCCAUCAGUGUCUCACUGUCUCAGUCAGAGCUGCCUCCUUUGGUACAAGAUGAUCUUUCUGCUCGGUCUGCUUUGCUCCAUCUGGGGAGAACCUGUAAGAGGUUUCAACUUUACAGAGGAUCUCCGUCAGCUCGCUGUGGGUAACAGCUCUGUUUACAUCGCUACAGAGGAGAAUCUUUACCAGCUGAGCCAUGACCUGACUCUGAUCUACAGCCUGACCCAGAGAGGGAUCUUAAAGAGAGGGGACCAACCGGACAAAGAGGAGUUUUACAGAGACCCCAUGAAGAAGGCCUGGAACACAACUUUCAGAGUUAAUGUUUUAUUACCAUUUGUUAAGAAUGACACAUUGAUCAGCUGUGGUGUGACGGACAAACUCUGUGGUUUCUGUGAAGUUCUGGACCUGAAGAACAUCAAUAAGCUGGUUUACAGUGAAUCCAUCGAGGUGGGACCUCAGAGGAGCAGCAGUGGGUCUGUCAGCUUUCUGGUGGAUGUGAAGGAGAAUUCAGGUCAGACUGAGACUUACAUUCUGACAGCGAUAAAGAACCAUAGAGACAAGACAGAGGAGGACAGGUGUGGGACUGAUUUAAAGACAAUCAACCUUCAAAACACCAAUCAAAAACAGCCUGGGGAAAUAUUUUCCUGGUCUGGUCAGUCAGGUGAUAAACCUGGGAUCCAAACUGCAGCUGAUGUAGAUUUUGUGGACGGAUUCCAGAUCAACUCAACAGUGUAUCUGUUCUCCAACGUGGCAUCAGGAGGUGAAACCAACAAAGUCCGUCUCAUCUGGCUUCAGGCUGAAACCAGUAAAAGUGACACUCUGAAGUCUCUUCGUGGAGCGACUCUCAGUUCCUCUGGAGGUGAAGGCAGCAGACUGCUGGCCUCCUCGGUCGUCCCAGGUGGUCAGCAGGUCCUGUGGAGUGGAGUGUUCAGUGUGGAUAAAGGAGGAGAAAACACUGAGCUGCUGCUGUUUGACAUCAGUCCUGAUCUCAGCAGGGAGAUGAAUAAAGAUCCAGACUUUUAUAUAUCAGUGAACAAGCCAAACAACCCAUCAGUUCGGCUCCUGAAACCAAAGGUUGUGCUUUUGAAGCAGAACUUCAUGAGUUCUGUUCUGGCCGUCAGGCUGAACAACUGGAUGGUUUUCUUCAUUGGAACAGCAGAUGGACAGCUCAUCAAGCUUUCUGUGGACAGGAAGUACCAGCCCUCCUGUCCACAGAUCCUCCUCAGAACCAGUGGAGACAACAAAGUGUUUCCAAAUCUCCAACUGGAUCCAGUGGAUCACAAACAUCUCUAUGUGCCGUUUAAAAACCAGGUUCAACGUGUUCCAGUGUCAAACUGCAGAACUUACCAAAAUGUGAAGGGUUGUCUUUCUGCCCAGGAUCCAUUCUGUGUCUGGUGUGUCUCUGAGAAAAGCUGCUCAUUCAAAGACGACUGCAGAGGUUCAGAGAGGCUGUCCAUCCCUGAUGAAUCCAAGCAGGAAAUAGUUUCUCACAGAUUUCUGAAGGACUCCACAGGAGAGAUGAAAAUAAUCAUCCAAUCACACCUGACUAUAGAGAAGAAGGUUCAGUCUAACUUCACCUGUGAUUUCUCUACAACCUCCACCCAGCUUUGUAAAAAACAAGGACCAAAACCACAGUACCCACAAUGCACCUGCAUUCUCAAUGACCCCAUACCUGCUGAUGGUCAGUGAUGGUCAGGAAG